UGAGAUCAGCUAAAGGCCCCAAGCCUGUGGGUGUUGUACCAGCCCAGCCCAGUCUUGCACAGUCACCCUCUAUUCAGUGGGAGCUCCCUGCUAGAAGAAAGCCUGCACCAGGAGCACCUGGUGGAAGGUGUUUUCACCAUCAUCUCAGCAACACUGCCUGAUACUCACUUGUCCUUGGGAGUCAGCCUCUAUCUUCUAUCCAAGCAGAGACAGGAUCCUGGCAUUCAGUUAUGAUGAGAACAGGCUUCCAGAGGGUGGCAAGACUUGUCCACCACAAAGCUCUCCCAAGAAACCCCCAUCUCCUGCCCAAACUCCACCAGGCCUCAGCAUUCGGAUCCUCCACAGAUUCCCUGGUUGCGAGAUUCUGUCCAGAGAAAACAGAUUUAAAGGAUUAUGCCCUCCCCAAUGCCAGCUGGUGUCCAGAUAUGCUGAGUCUGUACCAAGAAUUUCUGGAGAAAACCAAGUCAGGCAGGUGGAUUAAACUGCCCUCCUUCAAGUCCAACAGAGAACAUAUCCAGGGACUUAAGCUCCCAUCUGGGCUGGUAACUGCCUCAGACAAACAGGACUGGCGCAUCUUUACCAGAUGCAUCCUACUGGAAGGACAAGGCUAUGAAUAUGUCAUCUUUUUCCAUCCAUCUGAGAAGAAGUCAGUCUGUCUUUUCCAGCCAGGCCCCUACCUGGAAGGGGCACCAGGGUUUGCCCAUGGAGGGUCACUGGCAGCCAUGAUGGAUGAGACAUUUUCUAAAACUGCCUAUCUGGCUGGAGAAGGACUGUUCACGCUAAGUCUCAACAUCAGGUUUAAAAACUUGAUCCCCGUGGGCUCUUUGGCUGUCCUGGACAUUCAAGUAGAAAAGAUUGAGGACCAGAAGCUUCACAUGUCCUGCAUCGCCCAGAGCAGAGACAAGCAAACAGUCUAUGCCAAGUGCUCUGGCGUUUUCCUUCAGAUGCAGCUGGAAGAAGAUCCACCCCAGUAGCAAUGACUAUGCCUUCAGCAGAGUGGACAGUGGUGAUGACUCGGUCUGCCUGGGACUACCACAUGACAG